UGCAGACUGGGUUAGUCAUACAAGCACUCAGGCUUUGGGAGCAGCCAGGUUACCUCCAGUGACUUUACACAGCAGCUCUGCUGCUACUGGACUGAUAAACGGAUACAACUAAACCCCAUCCAUCCUGUGACUCUACUAUCUCUGUACCCCCCCUUUACUUGGAUCAUGCCGGCCGACAGCAUGGAGAAGCCCACUGCCUCCCCUAUUGCAGGGGCACAGGCUAACUCUGCUCAGACCCCGGAUAAACCUAAGAGUGCCAGCGAGCACAGAAAGUCCUCCAAACCCAUCAUGGAGAAGCGCAGGAGAGCUCGCAUCAAUGAGAGCCUGGGACAGCUCAAGACUCUUAUCUUGGACGCCUUAAAGAAAGAUAGCUCCAGACACUCCAAGCUGGAGAAGGCUGAUAUCCUGGAAAUGACAGUCAAGCACCUGCGGAACUUGCAAAGAGUUCAGAUGACAGGUACAUAUCUGAGGCUCUUUAUAUUCUCACAAUGAUUGCUAUUGAUGGAUGAUG